AGUAGUCUUUCGAACGUCGAAUGAGGCGAAGACAAAGAAUUUUCUGCUAUUAGAUUUGUAGAGUAUAGUGCGCGAUUGUUGUUGUCGCGAAUGUAAGUCAGAUGCCGACGGCGACGUUUCGAAUCUUACGGCCUGGUGAUGAUGUGCAGUGUAAUGUGGCGGUUGCUGUGUAGGAGCAUGACACAUGGAUAUUUGUUGCAAUUUUUCUUGUUGCUGUUGAUGUUACUCCAGCGAACGCAUGCUUCCGGAAUAUUCGAACUCCAAGUUCUGGAAAUGUCUAACCCGCGUAGCGAACUUUCGAACGGAGAAUGUUGCGGUGGCGGUACCCGGUCGCCCGUCACCAAUCGUUGUUCGGUUCCUUGUCAGACGUUUUUCAGACUUUGCUUAAAAGAAUACCAGAGUAACGUGACCAGCAACGGAUUGUGUUCCUUCGGGAACACCUCCAGCCACGUCAUCGGGAAGGAUUCGUUCACGUUAACAGAUCCGGAUAGGGGAAAGCUGGUGUUGCCUUUUACAUUCCGUUGGACGAGAUCGUUUACCCUGAUACUUCAAGCUGUGGACCACAAUAAUUUCUCGUCACCCGUUAUAAACAAUAUAAUAGAAGAAGCUACGUAUUCCGGCAUCAUAGACCCGAGUCCGGAAUGGCAUACACUUAAUCAUAGAGGUCCUCGCGCACGACUUACAUACAGGGUGCGUGUCAAAUGUGAUAACCAUUAUUAUAACUCAACGUGUACAAAAUUUUGUCGACCAAGAAACGAUUCUUUCGGUCAUUUUGUCUGUGAUCAAAACGGCGAAAAGCAGUGCAUCGAUGGAUGGAAAGGAACCACUUGUGAAAAAGCUGCCUGCAAACCAGGUUGUCAUCCAGUACAUGGAAAAUGUGAACAUCCCGGUGAUUGCAUAUGUCGACCUGGUUGGAGAGGAGAUUUUUGCGAUCAAUGCGAACCUUACCCCGGUUGUAAACACGGUUACUGCAACGGGUCAUCGUGGCAGUGCAUCUGCGAUACCAAUUGGGGCGGAAUUCUGUGCGAUCAAGAUUUGAAUUAUUGCGGUACGCACGAGCCUUGUUUGAAUGGGGGUACUUGCGAAAAUACGGCUCCCGAUAAUUACCUAUGUAGAUGCCCCGAAGGAUUUUCGGGUGCUAAUUGUGAAAUAGUCGACAACCCCUGCGCGCCGGCUCCCUGUCUUCACGGCGGUACCUGCAUAGAAGCCGGAGGCUCUUUCAGUUGCGAAUGCGGAAAUGGAUGGACUGGACCGACUUGUAAUAUCGAUUUCGACGAAUGUUCGUCGGCGCCAUGUCAAAAUGGCGGAACUUGCGUAAAUUUGGAAAAUUCGUUCAUGUGCAAUUGCUCCAGCGCUUGGGAAGGAAACGUUUGCCAAUUUGAUUCCGACGAAUGUCUCAAUUCUCCUUGCAUUAAUGCCGUUUCGUGUACAAAUCUGGUAGGCGAUUAUCAUUGCAAAUGCAGAGAAGGUUGGAUGGGAAAAAAUUGCGAUCAGAACAUCAACGAUUGCUUCGGACAAUGUCAACAUGGCGCAACUUGCAUCGAUUUAGUCAAUGACUACCAUUGCGCUUGUAAACCCGGCUUUACAGGAAGAGACUGCCAUACCGAUAUAGACGAUUGCGAAUCGAAUCCUUGCAAAAACGGCGGCGAGUGUGUCGAUCAAGUGAACGGAUAUAAAUGUAUUUGUCCCGUGGGAAUCACUGGACAUGAAUGCGAGAACGAUUACGAUCAUUGUAAUCCUGAUCCUUGUCAAAACGGCGCUCCCUGCUUUAAAACGCAAUCCGAUUAUUAUUGUCACUGUCCGGAAGGAUGGCAAGGAAAAAACUGCAGUCAAGCGAAGGUGGUUUGUGAUAAUACUUCGUGCGAUGAGGGUGUGGAUAGUUGUGUGAUGAUGUCGGAAAGCGGAAAUAGAAUCACUGCACCGAGUAUAUGCGGCGAACACGGGCAUUGUAUUAAUCAAGCCGGAGUAGGAUACAAAUGUCAAUGUCAACCGGGGUACACAGGAAAAUAUUGUCACGAAAACAUUAAUGAUUGUAAAAUCAACCCUUGUGAGAACGGGGGAACGUGCGUCGACAAAAUUAACGCUUUUCAAUGUAUAUGCAUCGAAGGAUGGGAAGGAGCUUUAUGUAAUAUCAACACGGACGAUUGUUCCCCGAACCCUUGUCGAAAUAACGGAACCUGCAUAGAUGGCGUCGCAGACUUCGAAUGCGAUUGCAAAGACGGCUGGAAAGGUAAAACGUGUUCGUUAAAAGACGGCCAUUGCGAUCACGCGACUUGCAAAAACGGCGGAACUUGUCAAGAUUUAGGAAGCACUUUUAUAUGCAGAUGUCCUCCGGAUUGGGAAGGUACAACGUGUCACAUUGCCAAACAAACGGCUUGCCGAUCGAACCCCUGCCUGAACGGCGGUACUUGCGUGAAUAACGGCGAUUAUUACCAGUGCAUAUGCAAAGACGGUUUCCAAGGGAAUCUCUGCCAAGAAGACGUUAAUGAUUGCAAUCCCCAACCGUGUUACAACGGGGGAAAAUGUAUAGACGGCGUCAAUUGGUUUUUGUGCGAAUGCGCGCCGGGAUUCACGGGACCCGAUUGUAGAAUCAACGUUAACGAAUGUUCUUCGAAUCCGUGCGGUUAUGGUGGUACCUGCAUCGACGAUAUUGGAGAUUUUAAAUGUAUUUGUCCGACGGGAAGAAAAGGAAAACGAUGUAAUGUCAAAGAUCCAGCUCAUCUCCCAGCUACAGGUAGCUGCCCGUGGAACAGUCACACUUUGGAAAACAACGUAACGUGGCAACACGAAUGCAACACGUGCAUGUGCACCAACGGCAUCGUAAAAUGCACCAGAGUAUGGUGCGGACUCGGAAAUUGUCGCAACUCCAAUCAAAACGUUUGCAACUUGAGUCAAGUGUGCGUUCCCUCCGCUUCGGAAUCUUGUCUAUCCCCACCAUGUUCACCGUACGGGGAAUGUAGAGAAUUGGAAAGCGGAAGAAGCGUCAAACCGCCUUCAUUACCGACACCUAGCACUUGUUGGCCGAACCAAGCGGUACUGAGCAAUACUUGCGCUAGACUAACCCUUUUACUAGAUAAGGGUAAAUUACCUCAAGGGACUACGGUCGAAGGGCUAUGCGGCGAUUUGAGGAGACUGCUAGCGAACCAACAAGCCAUAGAAGGACUCCAAGAUACUUUGGUGUUGCUGUGCGAUUUGAAAAUCGGCUAUAACGAUACGGUGGAAGUCACUUUGUCCGGCGAUCGAUGGGUAUUGGACGGUAUACGAGUGGUAGGCGAAGCUAUAUCUCGGAAACAAACCAGUCUACUUGGUCUAGCUUCGAUCGUAGAAGUGAAAGUCGAAACCGCUCUCGUAUCCGGCGAACAACAGACCAACACUUACCUUAUAGCUUUGGUUUGUUUCAUAAUCAUCCUCUUGGUCACCGCUGGAGUGGCGGUUACUUUGUACCUCAGACAGCGCAGGAGAAAUUUGGGACUCAGCGGUGUGAAUCUUUCACCAUCCACGGACGCUUGUCACAGGAAUCACGAAGACGAAAAAUCCAAUAAUCUUCAGAACGAAGAAAAUUUAAGGAGAUACGCAAAUCCUUUAAAAGACGACGUCGGUAGCUUAGCCAGCAUCAAUUCUAUGGAUAUGCCGAGAGUGAGUGUAGUACGGCCGAUGUCCAGUAUCCUCCCACAUGACAGUUCGAGCGAAAUGCUCGAAAUGAUAUCGGAGAUCGAUUGUCCGGGCUCGAGGAAAACUAUGUUGGUAUUACCGAGCACCAGCGCUUCCGACGGCGCACUUAAACUACACGACACCGUUAAAGGUAACGAAGGACUUAAUAGCGCCCAUCGUAGCAGCCAGAUUAUGCUGUACAAAGCGCAAAAUCCGGACGUUCGGAAAAAUACGGCCGCGUUCGACGAUUCCUCGGCGCACAAGGAUUUUAGUAAAAGUAUUAUCAAUGUGAAUAAACAGAGGACUUCGCAACAGCAACAGAGUACUAGUGCGGACGUUUUGACUGUACUUGUUUGAGGGCAAGUGUUUUUUUCAUUUUAAUAUUUUUAUGUUAAAAGGUCCUGAACUGCAAUUUAUCAAGAUAUGUGUGGAUGUCUUAACUUAUUUGUAGGUUAAUUAAUUCCUAUAAGUUUUGUUGUCGAUAUAUACAGUGCGGAACAAAAAACAAAGAAUUUUCAACUAAUGCAAGUAAUCAUUAAAAACGCUGUUAUUUAUUUCAUAUACAUUCUCAGUACUUAACGAACAAAUGAAGUAGUAGAAAAUUUUUUUAUACGACAAAUGUCACAUUUCGUAGGAUUGAAUCUUGAAAUUACAUUAUAAUUUUCGUUAUUUUCUAAUAUUCACUUAUCACUCUUAAUUACAAAACCAAAACAAAAA